CCUGCACAUCUCUCAAAAUGUAAGACAAAGCCAAACUUUAGUUGUUGUGAAUCGAACAACUAUCACCUAAAAAUUCUACAUACACCUGUGAAUCCGCCUCAACUAACCCAAAUGCCUCUCACCCUUUCUCUUGCCCAUAAAAUUAAGUAAAGAUAAGAAUCAAUUCCAAGAGUCAAAACAAACAAGAAAAAGUGCUUCCAUUUCACCUUAAAUAUUCCUUCUUAUUUACCAACUCCAACAUUGCAACACUUAAACCAAAACCACAUCAAUAUAUAAACCUUUUUACACAAGUCAAUUCUCAAAUCAAUCAUAUCUAUCUUGGCAUUUCAUAUUCAUCAUAUUUAGAAAACAUGGGUGCAUUUCAAAUCAUUGUAAGAGUGUCUUUUAUGGCUAUGCUCAUCAAAUUGGCCAUGGCUACUAAUCACAUUGUUGGAGGACCAAAUGGUGGAUGGGAUACAAGCUCAGACCUUCAAUCAUGGGCAUCUUCUAAACAAUUUUCUAUCGGAGACAAUCUCGUGUUCCAGUAUCAACAAAACCAUGAUGUGGUUGAAGUUACAAAAGCAGAUUAUGACUCAUGCCAGCAAACAAAUGCAAUUCAAUCUUACAAUGAUGGUGCCACAACCAUUCCUCUCACAUCACAAGGAAAAAGAUACUUCAUUUGUGGAACGAUAGGACAUUGCAGCCAAGGAAUGAAGGUUGAAAUAGACACACUUGCCACUCAAAUUUCUCCUGUUUCUCCAGCAGUAGCAUCUCCUCCAAUAGCUGAUUCUCCCAUUAUUUCGAUCAUUCCUUCUGCGGCUCCCAAAGAAACUACUACUUCUUCACCUGCAGAAUCUCCUGAAUCACCAAGUCCGUUGUUCGAAACACAAGUGGAAACUCCUAUGUUAUCUCCGGUUAUUCCUUCCACUGAAUUUCUAGCUCCUAACUCUCCUCUUCCACAACAUUCACAGGAUGCAUCGGCUUCAUCGACCGUGAAAGGAAAUUUACAAGCCUUCAUUUCAAUGGUGUUGAGUUUUGCGGCAGUGUUUAUGACCUUCUUCUAAGAAUGAGAGAAAUCUCACUCAACUCAACCAUUUCUAGUGAGCCUAUUUGUGUGAAAAUUUGUUUUUGAUGUUUUUCUUUGUUACUGUGGUGUGAUUAUAUGGCUUCAAAAAUCAGUUAAAAUCAGUUUUAUUUU